AUGCUCUGUCGAUCAGUGUUUUUGAUACGGUUAGCACGGCAGCGUGUCCCGGCCCAACCAUUCAUAGCGUCGUUGCGUUCGUCAAGUUCAUCAGUAGACCCUCCUAUCCAACCAGCAGCAUCAGGGUUCAAAAUGGAGCACGGCCCAGGAAUAGUGGAGGACGGAUACACUAGAAAUUACUUUGUAGAACUUGUCAAUCAAGUGCAUACCGAAGAAGAUAUUGCCGACAUAAUCACGCUAUAUGGUACUCUUAGUGGAGAUGAGCUCGAACUUGCAUUGCCAUCGCUGUGUUUGCUAGCUGAAAGAUGUCCGAACGGUAUGAAAGAACAGAUGAUGGAUCUGGCUCGGCUCACAUUAACAGAUGCAAACUCAUCCCGAUCUGCCCGAAAAGCUGCUAUUUCAUGUCUUAAAACUCUCACGCAAGGGAAUCCAGUCUGGUUUAAUUUCUUCACAUUAGCUCAGUGCUUGGAAGAGCCACAAGUUAGUGAUUUUCAUAAACUAGGGAAUCUUGUUCUAGUUUCACAUACUGAAUCCUGUGCUACCCCAAUUGGAUAUCGUGCUGCAAUCUGUUUAUUCGCAUUCACUUCUUUUAAAUGGGCAAAGGUUUUAUUUAUAAGAGCACUCGCUCACUCAAAUGGUUGGGUGCGAUUAUGGGCACUAGAGAAGCUGGUAGCAGUUAAACCAAGUUUUAUGGCUUUGGAUCUUGACUUCCUCUUCUCUGUACUUCUGAAGCAUCUUGAUUCAAAUGAUCCUUUUUGGCGGCUUCUAGAACGUCAAAAGCUGAAGUCAUUCAUGGAGUUUCUAACAAGUUUAUUUCAAGGGAUUUCCACCUCACUAGAUGAUGCCGGAACUUUUAUAAGGCAGACUCUGCGAAGUGUCAGUCAGAUGUCUAGCCCCUCAUCUCUCUAUUUUGUCUCGCAGACUCUAAGAGAAAUGACUCCACCUCGCUGCCUUUGUUCAGAGGACUUUCCUUUGAUUGUCAUUCUGGCACAGAAAACGCGACAUAUUCAGCACACUACCAUGAGGCUUACAACUUUGUGCAACUUUGUUGUAUUCUUUUCAAAAACGCUCGAAUUGAGUUGUGAAGCAGCUAAUGAAAUUGGAGUUCUCACUGCUUUCUUUUCUCGCGAAGAUCCUUCUCUUUUUGAUCGUUUUGUCGCUAUGGAGAGCUCGCAAGAGCUACUGCGUCAACCAAUGGAUCCACUUGAUAUGAUAAACUCGCGCUGGAGUGUCAGAGGGACUUUCAGAAGGAUGAUUUCGCCGUUCUGCUAUGGACUCGAGCAAGCCUAUGUGGCCAGGAAGACCGACUACAAAAACUUAUUGAGCUGGAAUUAG